AUGUCACACACCUUCUCCAGCGCACCGCCCGCCGUCCCAGACGUGCUCAUCUCAUCGCCCAAGCCGCACGUGCUGCUCGUCACGCUCAACCGGCCCGCGCAGCUCAACGCCCUCCCGCGCCACAUGCACUUUGCCCUGGACCGCCUGUGGGCCUGGUACGACGCCGAGCCGGCGCUGCGGUGCGCGGUGAUUACGGGCACGGGCAGGGCGUUUUGCGCCGGCGCGGAUCUGAAGGAAUGGCACGAUAAGAACAACGAGAGGGCGAGCCGCGCCGAGGAGCAGCCCGGGGGCGACGACGUCGACAAGAAGUGGGACGACAACGGCUUCGGCGGGCUGAGCAACCGGCGCGGCAAGAAGCCCGUCAUCGCGGCCGUCAACGGGCUGUGCUUCGGCGGCGGCCUGGAGAUGGUGCUCAACGUCGACAUGGUCAUCGCCAGCGACACGGCCAAGUUCGGGCUGCCGGAAGUGAAGCGCGGCGUCGUCGCCAUCGCCGGCGCCCUGCCGCGUCUGAUCCGCAGCGUCGGCCGCCAGCGCGCGUCGGAAAUGGCCCUGCUCGGCCGGACGUACACGGCGGCCCAGCUGCAGACAUGGGGCCUCGUCAACGCCGUAGUCGCCGGCGACGCGCUGCUCGAGGAGGCGCUGUGGUGGGCGGGCGAGCUGGCCGACAACUCGCCCGACUCGGUCAUUGUGACGCGCGCCGGGCUGCUGGGCGGGUGGGACGGCGAGGAUCCCAAGGCCAGCACGGGGCGCGUCGACCGCGGCGUGUAUCAGGGGCUGGACGGCGGGGAGAAUAUGAAGGAGGGCGUGUUGAGCUUUGUUGAGAAGCGAAAGGCGGUCUGGACGAAUAGUAAGUUGUAG